AUGUACGCCAACGACACCAGCUAUCUCUUUGAAUUGAAAAACACCAAGUUCCAGUGCUUUCCAAGCCAAAAGAUGCAUCAAGCCCGCCCAAUCCAAUCGGCUAGUCCAGUUGACUCCGCUUACAGCAGCCAGUCUAGUAGCAGAUCUUCGCCUAGCCCUUCACAGUUUAACUUAUUCAUCUUCAAGACCGCAAACACAACGGCUGACUGGUAUAGCCGAGCAUCGUCGCCAGUGUACUCUUUGGAUAGUGUGCGUUCUAGCCCAGUCCAGCAUAUUACCACCGUGGCUACGUUGCCGUUGCCUCGACACAUGAAUGUGAACGCCAAACCAUUUGUGCCACGUCCAGUCAGAAAAGGCAAGCAGCAUCCGUUAAUGCCGCAUUCAAAUGUCGAUGCUUUGCCAUUUUACCCUAGUAGAUUCUUGGCCGAAGAAGAAAGAUGGAACUUACAUCUACCUGCAGAUGACAAAAAGAUGUUUAUUUUUUAUUGA